CUCUCUCUCUCCUUUCAGCUACAGAAGUGUCUGAAGUGUCCAGCUGACAUCCAGCCAAGAUGUGGAUGGUUUCGCCUCCCUCUGGUAUAUAUCACUAUACCAAGCAGCUUUUCCUCAGCGAGCAGGCCGGGCGGGCCCAGGUGGUGGAGUUCACGCGGAAGAACGUGGCCAACCUGAUCUCAAUCGCCAACCUUGUGGUGGGCCUCUCCUCCGUCCUCUGCAGCCUGAAUGGGCACUACCAUUAUGCCUGCUGGCUGGUCCUGAGUGGGUUCUUGCUGGACCUCGCCGACGGAGCCGUUGCCAGGCACCUCAACGCCUGCUCUGCCCUGGGAGCUAAGCUGGACGACUUUGCUGACUUCACCUCCUUUGGCCUGGCCACCGCCUUGCUCCUCCAAGCCCGGGGGGUCCUCGAUGGGCUUCUGGUGAUCGUGUACGUCAUGGCCGUCUUCACCCGCCUCUGUUUCUUUUCCAGUGGAGUCCCCUUCAUGUACCGGGGGCUUCCAUGCCCGUACGGGGCUUCCGUGCUGGCGGCCACCUACCUCUUAACGGGGGGCAACCUUCUGGUGUUGCGUGUGGUCGCCAUGGUCAUGAUCCUUUUCAUGGUGGAUCAGGGCUUCUACCCUCAUGAUAAAGUGCUGGAGUCUCAGUUGUGGAAGAAGGUGGUCUACGCCGGAGGUGUCUUGAUGGUCUUCUUUGCCGCCUCCUACCUGGCCUCGCUCUACUACCUGAUUUGGUCCACCUCGUACAUCAUCUUCCCUUCCGCUCUGUGGAGUCACAAGGUCUAAUCUCAUCUGGGGGAGGGAUCCCGCGUGGAUGACCGCACCGCCAUGCCGUCACUGGGGCCGCUUGUCUUAAGAGUCCGCGGAAGCCCGGCUGCUCCGGCUGUGCUUCCAUGCCUUGCCUAAACCUUACUAAAGCUUUUCACACUUCUGACUUGACCGUAAGUGGCUGUGAGGUCUCUUCGUGGUCUCUGCCCCAGGGCAGGAGGGUGCCUGGGGAGCAGCUGAUGGGCAAACCCUUUAAGUCUCAUCUUUCAGUGUAGAUAAAAACAUGUACAGAUGUCUUUAUAUAUAUAUAUAUUCUAUAAUGAUUUGUAUAAAGCAUUGUAUAGAUUUUAAGAGGAAAAAUAGCUUUUUUAAGAUUUGGGGUUUUUAGUUUACAAUUUAUAUUCAGUGGGUAUUUUUUAAAAAGGACUGGAUGUGAAAAUCUUGCCUCUCGUGCCAGUGUUCAGCACUCCUCACUCUGGAUCGGUGCCGUAUGCGUUUCUGCAUCCUCCGUUUGCAUCUUUGUUUCUGACAGGAACCGGGCAGGGCUUGUCUGGUGCACACAGACUAGCUCGUUUACAACUUUUAAGAGAACCACUACAACACAGCAGAAGGAAAUCUUGCUGCUGACGGGACCAAAUGCUGGCGUGGAGGAAGGGAGGGAGCACCCGUUCCCCUUUGGUGACCAAAAUGCUGAGCUUCCCCCCUUCCUCCCCUUGAUGGCAAAUGUUGGGGGGUUCCGAAGGGCUAAGGUUUCCUUUCCCUGGUUGUAGGUUGAGCCCUCUCUGAUGAAACCUGCAUGAAAUGAGGGUACUGGAGACGGGUCUUGGGAAUGGAGGGCGUGUGUUCAUUUCCCAUGUAAUGCAAGAUCUUGAGAAUGCAGUGGGAGGUUCUGCUGAUCUCACACUUAGAACUGUACUGUACUAUGAAAACAAAGAGUGGAAUCUGGCUCUUGGCAAAUAUGGUACAGCCUUGUAUGGCCACUUCUGUAGAGAGCCAGGAUGAGACCCCUUGUGUCUCCCAAGAGGUGGCGAGGGAAGUGGGGCCCAUCCCAGCACUUCUGGGAACACGUUCUGCUCCAAAGGUGUCUCUUCCUUCACAGCUUAGAAGGCAAGGGGCAAGGGUCUCUUGGCUGUGACCCGUAGAAAUGAAAAGUGGGAGAGGCCGGUGAUUGGAUUCAGCACCCAGACUCCACAGUCCUUUCCCGUCACUGUGGGGGCGGGUGGCUGCGUCCGUGACAGGUGAAAAUGUUGCAGGGGACAUACGGGGCUUGGGCGCAGGCAAGUCAAAAAACAGGCAGCACAGGAGGAUGGAGAAGCCCCUGAGAUUAGAGCCUUCUGCGCCACAGGGACAAGCUUUUUGAACAAAUGUGUUUUUUCCAGCCACGAUGGGGUUAGUACCCUGUCCUCAACGAGAGAGGAGAUGGAGAACAAUGGAGUCUUUUAACGGCAGAGAGACAUGUUUUUUACAUGGGGGUCUCACCUGCUGGAUGUCUUUUUCAAUGGGGUGGAGGGGACACGAUCCCCCACAGACACGGGACAACGGCGGACACCCCUUGCCCACUACUGUGCUCAGUACCUUGCGUCCAAAUAACAGGGGAAGAGACAGUGAAACCAUUUGUUAUCUGAAGGCUCGCCUAUUUAAAAGGCCUGGCUUUUCCCCUGCCAGGUCAUAGCCCGGUGGAAUAGUUGGUCUAGACCUUAGAGAAACCCAAAGUCUUGUGUCAGGAAACACGGUGGAUAUUUAUUUAUUUUUUAAAAAUCGAUCAGGAUAGUGAAAAAUGAUAUUUCCUUCCUAUACUUGUAUGAUCUGAGACUAGAGAAAUUAAUUAUGUGUUGUUAAAAAACUAUACUUGAA